CUUGAUUGCCAAUCUUAUAGGAGCUUGCAUCAGCGGGUCAAUCAGGUCAACAUUUCACAAUAUAUUAGCGCGAAAAUUUUAUAGUCAACUUAUAGUUCAUAAACAAAUGAAUGAUGUCUGUUGUUAGAAGCUUAUGUCGGUGUGGUUCUCAAAGUCAAGGUUUAAUAAAACAGAUUGGAUUGGUAAAACCUUUGAUCAGAAAUGUUGACAAUGUUUCUCUAAUACAAGGACUCAGUGUUCGGAAACUAGCAACUCAAAGGGAAGUAGACGAUAAUGUACAAAAAUUCAAAGCAGGAAAUUAUGAAACCAUUCCAGACCCCAAAAGUUUGCAGCACUUCAAGAAGAGCGAAGAUAAGAUAUCCGCAGUUACCACGGGAGACCCUCCUCCAAUCGGAACACACGCAUUACCUCAUCCAAUAUGGUCUGAAGAAGAACUUCACAGUGUUGAGGUCACACACAAACCACCAGAGGGUAUAGUUGACAGGAUGGCAUACUACAGUGUAAAAGUUAUGCGAAAGACCUUUGAUACCCUGAGUGGUUUCAACAGAGGAGAAAGAAACGAACAUAGAUGGGUUUUACGGAUAUGUUUCCUAGAAACAGUUGCUGGUGUCCCGGGUAUGGUGGCCGCCAUGUUAAGACAUUUAAGUUCUCUAAGACGAAUGCAAAGAGAUUAUGGUUGGAUUCAUACGCUUCUAGAAGAAGCAGAAAAUGAAAGGAUGCACCUCAUGACAGCAUUGCAGUUACGUCAACCCAGUAAUUUAUUUAGACUUUGUGUUGUUGGGGCACAAGGUACUUUCGUGACCAUGUUUAGUUUAGCUUAUUUAAUGAGUCCAAGAUUUUGCCACCGAUUUGUUGGAUAUUUGGAAGAAGAAGCAGUGGUAACAUACUCCAAAUGCAUACAGGACAUACAGAAGGGUUCAAUGCAGCAUUGGAAGACACAAGCUGCACCAGAAAUUGCAAUUAGUUACUGGAAGUUACAGGAUGACUCCACGAUGUUGGAUGUAAUCCUUGCCAUUCGUGCAGAUGAGGCUCACCACCGGGUGGUCAAUCACACUCUCGCUUCACUAAAGGAAGAUGAAUACAAUCCAUAUAAACCGGGACAGUGAAAAUAACAACCUUAUCACAAGAUUCCAGUCAUUCAUCAUAGCGUGGGAAACAAGAUUACCACAGACCUAAGUUCCAUGCAAACUACACAAAUUAGUGCUUGUUAUCAUCAUACAACAAUUACGCUUAGCGAUGUGGUACAGGUGAUUCAUUUACAAUCGAAUGAGUGAAAAAUCAAACAAACGAUGAGUUCAAGGGAGGAACAUGGUAGUCUGUUAGACUUGAUAAUAUAUAUAGGUUUUCAGAGUGCAGUUAUAACAUUAUUCAAUGACACGGACAGUACGAGAAAGAGAGCCAUACUUUAAGGAUUCUUCCUAUGGAGAUGUGCUCGACACCAUCUAAAUCUUUCAUUUUGUUAACUAUACACCUGAAUCUUCGUCACACAAUUUAUGUUUUAUAGUUUAGUUGUUGCAUUGUUACAUAAAAAAAACCACAGAAAACAUAGUUGUUGUUUUAGUUAAGCAAAUACUUAAUGUUAUCAUUAUUGAAAACAAGUGCUCGUCACAUUUGUGUUGAUAUGAAGCAAACAUAAUGUUAUAAAAGAAAUAAACACUUCGUAAUUUG